AUGAGUGAUACGGUUAUGGCUGCUAUUCAUCUAGCUUUGUACCGAAUAAAGCUUGGUGUCAUUGAUGACUCUGAUUAUGUAAGUUUUGUAGUCUUUGACAAGGAGGCAAAACAAGUUUUAGGAAAGAGCUGUGUAGAGAUACUUGAUCCACUCCUGUUGAAAGGAGAUCUAUCGGAUACACCUACACUUUUGCUCAACCUAAUUGAUAAGAUCUACCUCUUCAUCGUUGAAGUUCAAAUAUCUGAUAAUCCACAUUUUUCACCUUCUUAUAAAGUUAAGAAGAUAACUGAUAAUGUGGAUCUCAUAAAUAAAUUAAAAAAAACUCACCCUAUUCAAAUUGUGAGUACAGUUAUAAAUGAUGUUGACUACAUCGGUGGUUUGCUUCCAAUUUCAAAGGCAUCCUCAAUUAUUGAAGGGGAGGAAGUAGAAGGUCCUAAUAUUUUGUUGCUUGUAUUCUCCAAUGAAGUUGCGGACGAUGAUGAAUCUGAAGUGUUGGAAAAUGCUAUUACACCAGCCAAGCAACUAUCCUCGAAGUUGGAAGAUUCGGAGGUGGAAGGAGAUACCUCAACUUGCAAGAAGAUCAAGAUUGAGAAUGAAAAUUGA